GCUCGGCCGCGGCCUUACGUCGCGGUGACGUCAUCAGCGGCCGCCGGCAGUAUGGGCGUUGUCCUUGGAGACAGUUGCAGAAGCAACGGUUGACCCUGACAGGACCUCCUAUGUCCUCCGGCACGUAACAUGGCUACUGCUCGGGGGGCAGAUUGCGAGAAUGGCACUGAUGGCGACAUUUCAGAAGAUCCAGAAAGACAGGCAUUAGAUUAUGUAUCCAGGGUACUUGGCACUCUCGCCCUGCCGGACAAAGUCCAGCAACUCCCACACACGCUGCCCGUGGAGGCUCAGGGCUGCAUCAAGCAUGAAGGUUUGAAGAAAUCUCCAGUGACCGGUGACCAUGGGGAGACGUUAUCUCUGCUCUUGCUUCUUCCCCUGGAGCUGAUCCUGCACACGUUGUCUUAUCUCGACCCACGCUUCAUCCUCGACGUAUUGCCUCUUGUGUGCCGCACUCUCCGGGACAUUGUGGCAGAUGAGGUGACGUGGAGGUUGCGGGUUCAGAGAAGGAUAGGUGCUAAUUUUCCAGUAGUAGAACAAGAACAGUUUGAUUGGCCAGCUGCCUGCAUUGAAUUAGAAGAGCAGGUGUCUAACUGGUCAGAUAAAGGAAAGAAGACAGAGCAUUUCUCACUGGGUGAAGGCCAUUUUGCCCCUGUGGAUGCAGUGCUGUUAUUGGAGAAGGGAUCGCUGUGUGUCUCUGGGUCCCGAGACAGAAAUGUGAUUCUGUGGGACCUGAAACAACUCGGUAAAAAACAAGAAAAAGUAAAGUGCACGGUGCUGGGAGCUGCGAAAACAGGAACACACAAGGGAUGGGCCUGGUCACUUGCUGCCUGUGACACUUGUGUCUGCUCGGGCUCCUGGGAUAGCACCAUGAAGAUAUGGGACAUGGCGGCAGAUGGGCAGCAGGUUGGAGAGAUCCGAGGGCGAGCUGCAAUCCUGUGUCUAGGUUAUCUACCUGACAUCUUGGUUGCAGGAUCCUAUGACAAGAGGGUAACCAUGUAUGAUCCAAGAGCGUCAAAUCCAUUGAUUAAAUCCAGAAGGCUACAUUCCAGGCCGGUGUUGUCACUAGUGGCCGAUGACCGUCACGUUGUGUCAAGCGGAGAGGACCGAACAUUGGUGGUGUUUGACCGCAGGGCGAAUGCUGUUUCGCAGACCGUACAGAUGGACAACUACCUGUUCUGCAUGACCUAUGAGGCACCACAGCUAUGGGCAGGAAACAACCAAGGACUAAUCCAUGUGUACGGAAGCCACGGAGGGACAUUCCAGCACCUGCGGUGUUUUGAUGUAGGUCACACCUCCCAGAUCACUGGGAUCUGCCACUCAGCAGGAACACUCUACUCAACUUCCACUGAUAAAACUAUGAAGGUCCACAUUCCGACUGACCCUCCACGUACGCUUCACACACUGACACACAGUCAUGUGGUCAAUGGGGUCAGCGUGGCUGGAGACACUGUGGCUGCUGCCGGAGAGCAAACCGUGGAGAUCUGGAGGUUUCCAGAAUAAAAUCUUUUGCCUCCA